ACAGCUGUAGUGAAACCCUAAAGCCCAUCAUCAAAGCCCAAGUUCCAAGCCCAAUAGAAGAGCCCUUUUUAACGGCUCUACGUUCUUAUAGUGAUUCCGUUACAGCCGCAGUGAAACCCUAAAAGCAAAGCAACGAAAAGGGAGAGUAGUAACAGUGCACAACCAACAAUGGCGGCAACUACGCAACAACCACGAACACUGACGACGAGAGAGGCAGACAUACAGAUGAUGUUAGCCGCUGAAGUUCACCUCGGCACUAAGAACUGUGAUUUCCAAAUGGAGCGUUACCUCUUCAAACGCCGCGCCGACGGUAUCAACAUUAUUAACGUUGGGAAGACAUGGGACAAGCUUAUGAUGGCUGCUAGGGUUAUUGUUGCUAUUGAGAAUCCUCAGGACAUAAUCGUGCAAUCUGCCAGGCCCUAUGGUCAGAGAGCUGUGUUGAAGUUCGCACAAUAUACUGGUGCUCAUGCCAUUGCUGGCCGUCACACCCCUGGUACUUUUACCAACCAGCUUCAGACCUCAUACAGCGAACCACGCCUUCUCAUUCUCACCGAUCCAAGAACUGAUCACCAGCCUAUCAAGGAAGCUGCACUUGGAAACAUCCCAACUAUUGCUUUUUGUGACACUGAUUCACCAAUGCGUUACGUUGACAUCGGUAUCCCUGCUAAUAACAAAGGGAAGCACAGCAUUGGUGUUCUCUUUUGGCUCUUAGCAAGGAUGGUACUGCAGAUGCGCGGUACCAUUAGUCCGGGACACAAGUGGGAUGUCAUGGUGGAUCUCUUCUUUUACAGAGAGCCUGAAGAGGCAAAAGAGCAACAAGAAGAGGAAGCACCUGCUAUUGCUGAUUAUGCAGAGUUCAGUGGUGCUGCUCUUGGUGGUGAUUGGACUAGUGGCCAAAUCCCUGAUGCACAAUGGAGUGCUGAUGGCACAGCUGUUCCCGUAGCUACUGGUGGAUGGUCCGGAGAUGCAGUGGUUGAUGGAGGUUGGGAUGCUGCCGCUGCUCCUCCACCAGCUGCUGUACCAGAAGCCUCUGCUCCAGUUCCUACUGGCUGGGACUGAACUUGACUCCUUUAGAAAGUUCUUUUUGGUUAAAGAUUAGAUAUGUGAGUUUUUAUAACAGACUGUUCUGUUAUCAGUGCAAUUUAUAAAAAUUUUGGACUUGGUGAUGUAUGAAAUUAUUUCUAAUUAUUUGUAGCCUGUCUUUUUAGUGCAACCUGAUUUUCUCAAA